CAGUGUGAAGCCGGCUCCUAUAAGAACUCGAAGUGCUAUGGCAGAGACAAUGGAUGCGCUUUGUGCCCCGGCGGCACCUAUGCUGUGGGACAGACGACAACCUGCCUGUCGUGUACAGCUGGGAAGUACGUGGGCACUGACGCAUGCAAACAUUCUCUGACUCUCGCUGACAGGUACAGCCUUGCUGGUGCAACCUCAUGCUCCUCGUGUGCCAACGGCACGUCGACCAAGCUCGGGGACUCAGUCUGCUAUGACUGCGCUGCAGGAUGGUUUAGUGUCGGCGACGGUUGCGAGAGGUGCCCUGUCGGGCAGACAUCUGUCAGGAAAUCUUCCUCGUGCGCUCCCUGUGCCCCUGGCUAUGUGACGCCCUUCUCCACCUUCUGCGAGCCCUGUCCAGCUGGGAAGUUCUCUCCCAACUCGACUCAGCUCUGCCAGCUCUGCCCCAACGGAACUUUCUCGGAAGCCGGUUGGUCAGCUUGUUCUACUUGCAGUCAGGGAUACUUCUCGCUGGUUGGGAGCUCGUCCUGUGCAGCUUGUGCGGUUGGAAAGAUCUCUAACGUACCAGGAGCAACGUACUGCACCGACUGUCCCGCAGGCAAGACGUCAGUCAGCGGGUCCUCUAGCUGCUCCGCUUGCCCAAAAGGGAAGUACUCGACAGGGGGAGGCGACUGCAGCCAGUGCGAAGCAGGGAAAUAUUUCUCAGAUACAGGGGCUACGUCAUCUACUUUCUGUCUGGCCUGUUCGCAAGGAUCAUACUCGCCCCGGGGGUCAGCGACGUGCACCUUUUGCAAGGAAGGACAGAUUGUGUCAGCUUCCAAGGAUGGGUGC